CCGUCUGACGCUCUGCGUUGGAGCGGGCUCUCCCAGCUGCGGGCCGGACCCUGCAGUGGUAGCUAGAGCUGGCACCGAGAGCGCAAUUCCUCGUCCGGUCGCCUCCACGCACCCUGCAGUCCUGUCCUUCACCGAGCUGGCUGGAGCCUAGCCGAUGAAUUUGGGGAAGAUAGACUUCCGAGACAGACAGACGAAGGUUUAGGGCCCAGCAGAGGACAGCUCGGCAAUGGCUCCCAUUUUUGGAGACGCAGGCGAAUUUGAGCUCAUGGGGAGGUGUGGUCGGCUCCUCUUGGGACAGGAUGGGUGCUUCAAUUCUCUGCCUCUGUAGCCAGUGCUUCUGAGGAGUGAAUGCAGUGUAUGGAGCAGGGCACGUGCCUUCCCUUCUUGAAAUCUUGACGCGGGACAUGUUUAGGAACAAGAGGUGUCCAGGACGGCCCUCUGUUGCAAGUCGUCUUUGCUUCUGGGGGAAAGGCUAUGAGCUGCCUGGCUUCUCAUGACGGGGAAGCCUCCCUUACCUUUUCUGUACUCCUUGAGGGGCGUCUUGCUCACUUGUUUACCAGCAUCUGGGACAAAGAAGAGAAAAGAUGGCAUUUAUUUCUUAAAUAAUGUUUAUCACUGUACUGAUGAAUGCUUCAGCAACACUGGUGAACUCUAGGGUACAACGAGUUCUUUACCUGUUGGCUCUAUCCCUCACCCCCAAUGUUGUAAAUGAGCCGUCAGACUGCAACAGCAUUACCUACUGGAACCUCAAAGUGUACACCAUCCCAGAGGGUACCUGCCCUGACUGGCACAACUGCGUCCAACAAUGACUUGGCGAGUCUUUUUGAGUGUCCGGUCUGCUUUGACUAUGUGUUACCACCCAUUCUUCAGUGUCAGAGUGGCCAUCUUGUUUGUAGCAACUGUCGCCCAAAGCUCACAUGUUGUCCAACUUGCCGGGGCCCGUUGGGAUCCAUUCGCAACUUGGCUAUGGAGAAGGUGGCCAAUUCAGUACUUUUCCCUUGUAAAUAUGCCUCUUCUGGAUGUGAAAUAACUCUGCCACACACAGAAAAAGCAGACCACGAAGAGCUCUGUGAGUUUAGGCCUUAUUCCUGUCCGUGCCCUGGUGCUUCCUGUAAAUGGCAAGGCUCUUUGGAUGCUGUAAUGCCGCAUCUGAUGCAUCAGCAUAAGUCUAUUACAACCCUGCAGGGAGAGGAUAUAGUUUUCCUUGCUACAGACAUUAAUCUUCCUGGUGCUGUUGACUGGGUGAUGAUGCAGUCCUGUUUUGGCUUUCACUUCAUGUUAGUCUUGGAGAAACAGGAAAAAUACGAUGGUCACCAGCAAUUCUUUGCAAUUGUACAGCUGAUAGGAACACGCAAGCAAGCUGAAAAUUUUGCUUAUCGACUUGAGCUAAAUGGUCAUAGGCGGCGAUUGACUUGGGAAGCCACUCCUCGAUCUAUUCAUGAGGGAAUUGCAACAGCCAUUAUGAAUAGUGACUGCCUAGUCUUUGACACCAGCAUUGCACAGCUUUUUGCAGAAAAUGGCAAUUUAGGCAUCAAUGUAACUAUUUCCAUGUGUUGAAAUGGCAAUCAAACAUUUUCUGGCCAGUGUUUAAAACCGUUGCAUUCAAUUUCACAGAGAAUAAGGCACCUGUCUGCCUACCAACCAGAAGCUUUUGGUAGGUGGAAGCUAGACACAUGAAGGUAAAUAAAAGGAAAGGCUGUUAAAUACAGGAAACAGUUGCAUGUAGUAACACUAAUAUAUUUAAAAAUAAGUCAACAGUAAACCACUGAAAAAAAUAUAUAUAUAUAUACACCCAAGAUGGGCAUCUUUUGUAUUAAGAAAGGAAGCAUUGUAAAAUAAUUCUGAAUUUGUGUUUGUUGUAGAUUGAGUGUACUGUUAAAAAAUAUUGGGUUCUUGUUUUUUGUUUUGUUUUGUUGUGUGCGUGGGCGUGCGUGUGUGUGUGUUUGGGUUUUUUUUCCUUUAACUGACAAGCCAUGUUGAGUGGUCUUGGACCACUGCUUUUCCCCUAUGUGAGUCAAUACAUAGUGCUGCUGUGUGUGUAUAUUUUUUUGUGUGUAUUUGCUAAUUUUUAUUAAUUCUAGUUUUUCAUUAAAUAAAUUUGACUUUCUUUUCUGUAA